AGUCGUGCUUUAUAGUGUUCUUCUCGUGAGGCAAUUUGUAUUCUAUCGAUGCUAUCACUAUGUCUCCUCAAUUCAGACCAGAACGCGCUCCGGCCGUGAGGUUACGUACAAGCUCUAUACCCGGCUACUUCCAAACGAUUGUCGGCAAACGAUCACCCAUUUCUGAUGACAUCGAGGAGUUUCGUGGUAUACCGUACGCCCGUGUACCGGGAAGAUGGGAGCACUCGCAACUGAGAGAUCGUUUACCGCAGGAUGUAUUUGAUGCUACAGAGAACGGCCCACGAUGCCCUACGGAGCACAAAGGAAAUUCACAAGCAUAUCAAUCGUACCUAUCAUACCCCGACGACCGCGAGGAUGAGUUUGAGUGCCUGAACCUUCUCAUCAUGCGCCCGAGCAAGGAAGCACUUGCAAACCACAGUCUUGAUGCCGAGACGACCCAGUUGCCUGUACUUGUCUGGAUCCACGGCGGAGGCUUCACAGACGGCGCAGCCACGGAUCCAGUAUGGGACCCCUCCCGUAUUGUCCUCCGCGGGCUCUCAAAGAGAACACCCUUUAUCGCUGUGUCCAUCAACUAUCGUCUCAAUAUUUUCGGGUUUGGUGCUUCAUCCGAUAUGCUUGCGGUCCAGGGCAGUAAGGCCUCUGUCAAGGGCGUGAAUUUCGGCCUCUGCGAUCAGAAGCUUGCUUUGAUCUGGAUAAAGCGUAAUAUUGCUGCGUUCGGUGGAGAUGACACAAAAAUUACAAUCAUGGGCCACUCCGCCGGUGGAAUUUCAUGCCACCUUCACCUUCUCGAGGCGGAAUUAGGUAUAAAGAAACCGUUAUUUCGUAAGGCUGGUUUAAUGUCGGGGACGUGGGGCGGCCUCGACUUGACAGCGAUGGAAAAAGCAGAUGAGCGCUGGGCAGACCUGUACCAAUUGUGGUCAGUCGAAGCCGACAAGCCGAUCGAUCGACUCAACAUGCUGGGACGGAUACCAGCGAAGGACCUGGUUAAUAGUAUCUCAGAGCUUCACUGGGCGUUUUUCGUCUUGGUCAUUGAUCAGUUGACCAUCAGGGACAGUAACUUGAGCUGUGCCAGGUUGAGCUCAACGGACCAAGAGUUCAGAGAUUUUGCCCGGAUGGCUAACUGGAAUUAUCCCAAAUUUCACUCUCUUGUCGCGUCUAGCUAUCCCUCGCAGGCAGCAGCUGAAGAGGUUCUUGAAGCAUACGGUAUUCUGCCGACAUCAUCUGAUGCAGAACUGUUUGAGGCAUUCUCUGAGUUCAUAUCUGAUGCCACCAUGCUGCAUAAAGUAUAUCGCGCAAGCGAGUUCUCCAAGACCCAUCGUGGGAAACAAGCUCUCCUCCAUGGGAAAGACUCCAAGCACGUAGGAGUCCAAUAUUACCAUUUCGAAUUCGGCAAUCCCUUCUCAGGCCCCAUGCAAGGAAUUGCGCAUCACGGAGUUGAGUUGAUCUAUGCUUUUGGCAAUUUUCACAACGCGCUAGAGAAGGCUGACCAGGGGUUUUCGGAGGGUUUUGCUGAACCUGUUCAAGAGUUUACAGAAGCUGCUAUUCCUGAAAUCCCAUCGAAUGCCGAGGCCGCGGAGGAACGCAAGUCCAACAUUGACUUAGGCUGUGAACUGCAGGACAUGUUGAUCCGAUUCGUUGUCGAGGAUUGUCGAGAGACCGACCAGCGCGCGGAUCCCGACGAGAUAACGACAUUUUGUCAUGAUCGAUCGGUCCGCAUGGAGAGUUGGUCCAGUAGCGAGAAAUGGGUGGCAAGGACAAAGAAAUUUAAGCUUUUAGAUAAGGAUUUCAAUUCUUCAACGACUGCCACCAAGAAACUUGUAGGCAGCGUUAUAGCCUCCGACUGGCCGGCCUCUGUGAGCUAG